UACGCGCACGUUUUCUAAUUAGUCGGUGUCUGGCACUGCAACGAGAGAUGUCGGCGAAUGAUUCUAACGAGCUGAACGCGGUGAUGACGACGUCCACGACGGCGGCGUCUGUGGGGGCUGCAAUGGCCACGACGGCCACGACGGCUACGUCGGCCACAACGGCUACGACGGCCACGACGGCGACCGAGCCAAUUAUAUUAACUCCUAAAACACUGCAAAAUAUUAUUAAAGCAGCUGUCAUGGCUGCAGUAGGAAGAGGAAGAGGGAGAGGGAGAGGAAGAGGCAGAGGAAGAGGAAGAGGCAGAAGCAGCGGCGAAGACAGAGGAAGAGGCAGAGAUGGUAGAAGGGGAAGAGGCAGAGGUAAAUGGAGAGGAAGAGGCAGAGGUGAAAGAAGGAGCAGAUACGAUACAUUUGGUAUCAACAUUUUUCUACACUAA